CUCAAGACAACUCUCAUUUGUCUGAAAUCCCGGGUCGCUCUCUCCUUACACUCGCUCACCCACCCCAAAAUUACCACCAUGCUGCGCGGCGCCCUCCGUUCCUCCGUCUCCUCCGCCCUGCGUGCCUCCGCACGGGGCCCGUCACCCCUGGCCCUCGCACAACAGCGCUGGAUCUCGAACGACAUGCGCACCAAGCUCCAGUCGGCCGUCGACGCCCACCCCGUCGUCGUCUUCAUGAAGGGCACCCCCGACAUGCCCCAGUGCGGCUUCUCGCGCGCCGCGUGCCAGGUCCUCUCGCUCUCCGAGGUCCCGGAGGACAAGCUCAAGACGUUCAAUGUCCUCGAGGACCAGGAGCUGCGCGAUUCGAUCAAGGAGUUCUCGGAUUGGCCCACCAUCCCGCAGGUGUACGUCAAGGGCGAGUUCGUCGGCGGCGCGGACGUUGUCAUCGACAUGUGGCGAAACGGGCAGUUCCGCGCACUCCUCGAGGAGCACAACAUUGUCCCUAAAAUGACAGUCGAGGAGACAAAGUCGCAGCCGAACGCGUCGUCUUGAGCUCAAGGCUAAAGUUAAUGUAAUGUCAAUGGCGCCCUGACGUAUGGCGUAGCGGCACAUCUAUCGCAUUGUUAUCAUUUUACUCUACUACAUUAGACUCAUGAACUGUUUCUCCGCAAUGAUAUUCCUCCCGUGCACCGCU